CGUAGCAUGGCGCACAAUUGAACUGCGUGAGGGAGGUGUUGGUUGGACCUCUGCCCUUUUAGAGUUGGGAGCCUGACGGAACGGGAGCUGAGCAAAGGGGGGUUGUGGGGUGAAAUUCUGUGAGUUGGUCGCUGGAGGUUGCCUGUGAGGAAGGUUCUCCUCCUGGAGGAGGGACACGGAGACAGAAGUGCGACGUGGAAACCCAGAGCGCCGCUUAUAUCUCCUGAAGUAAACAAAUGAAGUUCCGGUGAACAAUAAGAGCAGACUUUCAGCUUUCUGGAGAAGCUGGUGUACUGGAAUAAAAUGAGACUCAGUGAACGGUGUUGGGGCUUGUAGGAAGAGGCCGUCACCAUGGACGAGGGGCUGACUAUUACUUUAAUCUCUGUGGCGAUGUUUGUUGGCUCCUUCUUACUGGGAUUCAUCCCACUGUUGUUCCGACUCUCUGAGAAAAGCCUCCAGUUUGUGACCAUUCUGGGGGCAGGUCUGCUGUGUGGGACAGCACUGGCCAUCACCAUCCCUGAGGGUGUGGGUUUACUGGAGGAUUCAUGGAGAGAAUCCUCCUCUGAAGCUCCAUCUGGUCUGAAUGCCAUUGAAAAAAACACAUCUUCCACAGAGGGAAGCUCUCCACCUCGGUUUUAUAUCGGCGUGGCUUUGACGUUUGGGUUUACGUUCAUGUUUGUUGUCGAUCAGAUUGCAGGAUACUGUUCCUUGCGUGAUCCUACGACACAUUUGUCGAAUAAGGCUCACAUCACAGCCACUUUAGGGUUGGUUAUCCAUGCUGCAGCUGAUGGAUUUGCUCUGGGUGCUGCCACCGCCACAGGUCAAGUGACCGUACAAGUGAUCGUUUUUUUUGCUGUCAUUCUACACAAGGCUCCUGCUGCUUUUGGUUUGGUCUCCUUCCUGAUGCAUGUAGGCCUUGAGAAGAAGGACAUUCAGGGACAUUUACUGGCUUUCUCAGCUGCAGCACCUGUAGUCGCUAUCAGCACUUACUUCAUACUGGACGCUACUGGAAAUUCCUCUCAGAGCCAGAUGAGUGCAACAGGAGUGGGAAUGCUGUUCUCAGCUGGGACUUUCCUUUAUGUGGCCACGGUGCACGUCCUCCCUGAGAUCAGCAGUAGCAGGAAAGAAGAACCCCUCUCUAACCUGCAGGAGCAGACUGAAGUAGAAACCCACCAAGCGAGACACCUGGGGCUCCUAGAGAGCCUCACCCUCAUCCUUGGUGUGGGACUCCCAGUUGUGUUGGCCCUCGGGCUGCACGAUGACUGAAGGAGAAUGGGAGUUUACUGUAAUGGGUGCAGAAUAUGCACGACUGAAUGAAAAACUGUACUCUUAUCGCACCAUCAGAGGAUAGGAUGUGCCUCCGAAGAGUUAACAUGGGUGUGCUAACUAACCAUUGAGUCCUACCAUUGUUCCGGCAUCAAUAGAGUUUCCUGAUUUUGAAAGGGCUUUGUUACCUUUAUAUGUUGUUCUCGUUCGGCCAGGUUUCCUUUACAAGGAAACAAAAAGAGGGAUGUUUCUUACUAAGAUGUCCUACUUUUAAAAUUAAAACCACUGUCAGCGGGUAGAUUUACAGCAAAUACAAGAGAAUAAUUUGAUACUGUUAUGUGCCCAAUAUGGGAUCUAGUUUGCACAGAUUGUACUAGCUUGGUGUUUGAAAAAUAGCAUCGACUUUCAGUUUUACAUGCAAAAGAGCAAGUUGGAAAAUUUCUCGAAUUCUACAAUUCUUUUUUGUUAGAAUUUCCAUCAGUAAGAAAAAAGUUAUUCCUGAUGCAGGAAUAGGCCUUAAGAGAGCUCCUAAUGGGAGGAAAUGUUAAGAGUAGGGAGGAGGACCUUUAGUGUGCCUAAGAGUGGCUUAAGAUGGCGGAAAGACAAAUAGGAAGGAGAUAUUCUCCAAACAAUGAAUAACAGUGAAUUAAUAAAACGCUACCGGCUUGAUUGUGCAGGGAUUCACCCCUUAAUAGUCGAGUAAAUGAGCAAAUAAACUUCUAUAACAAUUAUACAAUUAUUAAUAUAGAGAUAAGAUAAACUUUAUCAUCCUUAUAGGGCAAAAUUAAAUAGUUUCAGAAGGAGGACAGAUUAUAGGUCCACCUCUAAUAAGGUAAUAUUAGGAAUUAUAAAUAAAUUAUAGAAACAAUAAUGAAUAACCAUGAAUAAAAAGUACAGAAUUAUUUAAAUAUUUACAGACUGCAAAAUGCUUUAGGCAAAUACAUUUCUCUGAAUUGGAGUUUCUGUCGAACUGAAUCACUCCUAAGCUAGGAGUCCUUGGCAUGAAUUUCUAGGCUAAGAUAGGAGCUCUCUGAGAGGACUCUGAGAAUCUUUGUAAAUACGAACCCAGAUUUUUAUUUGAGUACACUGAUUUUCACAAAAUCAUUAGUGGGGAAAUUUUUAGUAUUUCUACUUUCAGUACUUUGUACAACCCAUUUAACCUGUAUAAUGGUUAUUUGUCUUCUAUAAUAUUUUACAAGGCUGGAUCCUACAGAGAGAGGGAUCUUUGGCUAUUCCUCUCUGCACAAUCUCUCUAGAUCGGGGGUCUGCAACUUGUGGUUCUUCAUACCUUUGGCCAAAAAUGCUAAAGAAUUGAGCAAUGUUUUCAAAUGUAAAUGUAAUUUGAAAAAGGACGGCUUUAGCUGUUUUUCCUAAGCUUUUUCAUGCAAAAAAUACAUAGCAUUUCCACCAAGAAUGAUACUAAUAGUGUGUGAGGGAUAUUUUUCUCAUGAAAUAAUUUUUUUUUGUAAGUAGGUUUCUAGUUGUCUAGUUCCACACCUUUACGUUUGUGAUAGUAGGACAGAAAAGUCUUUUUCUCUGGCAUGCAGACUGUCUCUAAUCAUUGUUAUGGAGCAGGGGUCUGGAACCUGCACCUCUGGAGCCACACGUGGUUCUUUAGGCCCACCAUAGUAGCUCUUAAUAACUGACCAAAACAGGAAAUGGAGUAAAGCUAUGUUUUUAAAUUUAAAGUAAUAUAAAUGCUAAUUUUAGCUGACCUUCUUUGUCAUUUCAUGCAGUAUCUGCAUAGAAAUUACACAGCAGAAUCAGACUAAUAGCCCCAUUUCUAUUAUUAGGCCACAAACAAAAGUGUUUUUGGCUUGUUAAGCUUAAGCCAUUCUGGUUAUUUUUUAUGGAUACAGUAAACUUUUACAAUGUUUAAUGAAGACCUACAAUUUGAAACUAAAAGACUUUGUUCUUAUAAACUAAUCAACUUCAAAAUAAACUGUAAAUUAAACAUUUGGCAUUUUAGUUGCAUUUAUUUUAAAGGAAUUGCUAAGGGUACAAUAAACUGGAAAUGUGUAAUUCCAUAAAAAACAAUAAUUAUUGUUUCCUAACAUGAGAUUUAAUUCCAUAAUGAAUAAAUGCCCUCCAUUUAGAGGUUUUUCAAAAAAGAUUUUGUGUGAUAAUAUGCAGCUGCAACAAAAGAUGAACUUCUUUUAAGCCUUUUUGCACACCUUUACCCAAGGUGCAAACAGAUUUGUCUGCAUCUGUGUUGUAAUAUAUUAUGCAACGGUUAAAAGAAAAUGACAUUUAAAAUAAAAUGACAUUUAAAAUAUUAUGGCAUGAAAUAUACUUGCAUUCUGUAAUUCUUGGAUAUUUAUUGAACAUAUAAAAUCGCCAAAUUAAUAAACAUGUGUUAUACCCAAACAACAA